AUGACUGCGCCACCAACCUGGCACGCAUUAGACCUAUUAGACCUGCGGUUACAUCAAAUAACAUCAAUAUCGAAAAUGUUAACACUCUUUCCCCAGCGAAAGACUUUGAGCAUAUAUUGUAAUUUAGCUGUAUCUCUAUCGAAUUAUGUUUCAAAAGGCCUUCUUCGAGCAGUUAACAAUAAUAAUAAUUUUCCAAAGAGUACUAUUCGUUUCAAGUCGGACGUUGCUUUGUCAAAUGAAUCUAUUGCCGAAGGCGGGCUUCUAAAAGGAAUACGUGUUCUUGAUCUUACGCGUAUAUUAGCUGGGCCUUAUUGCACUAUGCUUUUAGGUGACCUUGGUGCUGAAGUAAUAAAAGUUGAGAAUCCACUUCAUGGUGACGAUACACGUGCUUGGGGGCCUCCCUGGGCACAAAAUAAAGAUCCAACAGAUAAUUCCACUCCCGAGAGUGCAUACUUUCUUGCAAUAAAUCGUAAUAAAAAAUCUAUUUGCGUAAACUUAAAGUCGGCCGAUGGAAUAGAGUUGAUAAAAAAAAUCGCGGUAAAAAGUGAUGUAUUAGUAGAAAAUUUUGUGCCCGGAAAAUUAGACGAAUUGGGGCUGGGAUGGGAAGAAUUGAGCAGAAUUAACCCGGGAUUGAUUUAUACUUCUAUUACUGGAUAUGGACAUACCGGACCUUAUGCCCAACGACCCGGUUACGAUGUCAUGGUAGAGGCUGAAGGGGGAUUAAUGUAUAUUACGGGUGAAGAAAAAGGCAGACCAGUAAAAGUAGGCGUUGCAAUUACCGAUUUGACAACUGGAUUAUACGCUCACGGCGCAAUAAUGGCAUCUCUAUUCGCACGAACACGUACAAACAAGGGUGAAUUCAUUGACUGUUCACUGCUCGACUGCCAAACGGCCUCCCUGGUAAACAUUGCCAGCAAUUACCUGGUUAGCGGACAAGAGGCAAAACGUAUGGGCACCGCACACCCAUCUAUUGUCCCCUAUCAAGUAAUAACCACUAAAAACGGGUAUUUGAUGAUCGGCGCUGGUAAUCAGCGACAAUUCAAGAUACUGUGUACGACAUUGGGAGUGCCAGAGUUAUUUGAUGACUUGAGGUUCCGGACUAAUACUGAUCGUGUACACAAUCGUGACGAGUUGAUUGCUAUUUUGGAGGAAAAGUUCAGACAGGAGGAUACGAAAUAUUGGCUGGAGGUAUUCGCGGAUAAAGGAAUUCCAUUUGCGCCCAUUAAUAACAUUGAGCAGUCAUUUAAACAUCCGCAGGUUGUUGCUAGAAAAAUGAUUCAGAAAGUGGAGCAUCCAAAAGCUGGCAUCGUACAGUUGACAGGCAUCCCUGUGAAAUAUGCUAGGAACAAACCGAGUAUUAGAUUGUCACCACCAACUCUCGGACAGCAUACCAAACAAAUUUUAGCCGAAUUAUUAGAAUAUUCUGAUCAAGAAAUAGAAGUUUUGAAGACAAAGAAUGUAAUUUAA